UAUGUAAUUCAUUUAUUUAAUGAGGUAUACUAUUUUGAUGUUUGAAAAAUAGCAAAGCUAUGGCAUAUGAAGCAAAGAAGAUAGAAGAGAUUCAUGACGAAAUACUUGGAAGCACACUUGAAAAUGGAAGUUAUACAAAGCUUUAUAGCUUCAAACAUGUCAUCAAUGCUUUUGCAGUCCGUACCACUCCUUCUCAGGCCAAGAAACUAAAGAAAACAAAAGGAGUGAAGGCAGUAGAAGAAGACAAAGGAGUGAGACUAAUGACAACAUACACUCCUGAUUUCUUGGAACUUCCUCAACAAGUCUGGCCAAAGAUCUCCAGUGACGGUGGCAGACGUGCAGGAGAAGAUAUAGUAAUCGGUUUUGUGGACACUGGAAUUAACCCUACUCAUCCGAGCUUCGCCGCACUCGAUCUCACAAACCCUUACUCAUCAAAUAUCUCACGUUUGAAUUUCUCCGGCGACUGUGAGACCGGUCCUCUCUUUCCCGCCGGAUCUUGUAACGGAAAAAUCAUAUCCGCUAGGUUCUUUUCCGCCGGAGCUCGAGCUUCGGUUGCUCUCAACUCCUCAUUGGAUAUACUCUCUCCGUUCGAUGCGUCCGGCCACGGAAGCCACGUGGCAUCUAUCGCAGCCGGCAACGCUGGAGUUCCAGUGAUCGUCGACGGAUUCUUCUACGGCCAAGCCAGCGGUAUGGCCCCACGUGCACGAAUAGCCGUUUACAAGGCGAUUUAUCCAUCAAUUGGAACUCUUGUUGACGUAAUUGCAGCCAUCGACCAAGCAAUUAUGGACGGCGUAGAUGUAUUGACACUAUCGGUGGGACCGGACGAACCACCGGUGGAUAAGCCGACGGUACUCGGGAUAUUCGACCUAGCAAUGCUGUUGGCUAGAAAAGCAGGGGUGUUUGUGGUGCAAGCCGUAGGGAAUAAUGGCCCGUCACCUUCUUCUGUUUUGUCUUAUAGUCCGUGGGUCGUCGGAGUUGCAGCCGGAAAUACGGACCGGUCUUAUCCUGCCUCCCUUAUUCUUGACGGUGGCCAGACCGUUUAUGGCGUCGGACUAUCAGGUCCAACCCUUGGAGCUCCAUUACUUCAACACAGGCUAGUCUUAGCCAGAGACGCUUUUAGAACAAACAGCUCGGUUCUACAACCCCUAACAAGUGACAUUGAAGAAUGCCAGCGGCCGGAUAAUUUUGACCCAGCCGCGGUUUUUGGAACUAUUGUGAUAUGUACAUUUUCUGAUGGCUUCUACAAUCAGAUGUCGACCGUUCGAGCCAUCACCCAAACCGCUAGGACUCUUGGUUUCAUGGGUUUUUUACUCAUUGCAAAUCCUAGAUUCGGUGAUUAUGUUGCAGAACCGGUGUUAUUUUCAGUUCCUGGUAUUCUAAUCCCUACAGUAUCAGCUACCCAGAUUAUUUUGAGGUACUACGAAGAGAAAACCUACAGAGAUAAGAGAGGAAUAGUGACACAAUUUGGGGCACGUGCAAGAAUUGGUGAAGGCCGGAACUCGGUCUUCGCCGGAAAAGCACCGGUGGUGAGCAGAUUCUCUUCGAGAGGACCAGCUUUUAUUGAUGCAAAUCGGAAUCUUUUAGAUGUGCUUAAGCCAGAUAUUCUUGCACCUGGUCACCAAAUUUGGGGUGCUUGGAGCCUUCCUAGUGCCUUUGAUCCUAUUCUCACAGGACGGAGCUUUGCGAUAUUGUCGGGAACAAGCAUGGCCACUCCUCAUAUAGCGGGGAUUGGUGCGCUCAUAAAACAGCUUAAUCCUUCUUGGACUCCGGCAAUGAUUGCAUCGGCCAUCUCCACCACGGCCAACGAAUACGACAUUUCUGGUGAAAUUAUAUCAGCAGAGUCUUAUGAAAUAAGUGGAUUAUUUCCGUCUAAUCAUUUUGAUCAUGGUGCGGGCCAUGUUAAUCCUGCUAGAGCCUUAGAUCCUGGACUGGUUUUAUCCACGGGUUUUGAAGACUACAUAAGUUUCUUGUGUUCACUGCCAAACAUUAACCCGGUCACAAUCCGAGCCGCAACUGGAGUCUCGUGCACCACUGCAUUUAGCCACCCGGCGAACCUUAACCAUCCGUCAGUGACUAUAUCUGCCCUUAAAGAGUCACUUGUGGUGAGAAGAAGUUUCCAAAACGUCUCAAACAAGACUGAGACAUAUCUUGGUUCGGUUUUACCUCCCAAUGGUACAACUGUACGGUUAAUCCCAUCUUAUUUUACCGUACCACCACAGAGAACUCAAGAUCUGGAUAUCGAAUUCAAUGUCACACAAGUCUUAACCAAGUUCACAUUUGGUGAAGUUGUUCUUACCGGAAGCUUAAACCAUAUUAUAAGAAUACCGUUGUCAGUUAAAACCAUUUGAAAACAUAAAAUUUUCUUGUUUCUUGUCGAUCUCACUUAAAAUAAGGUAUUUAUUUUUAC